AAGAGGGAAAGGUCCAUGGGCUAAAUGUAACUCCGCGGGCUUUAGGACCCGUGCUGCUCCAGUCCUCCAUGGCUCUGUGUGUUUACAGUGAGAAUUGUAUGGCAGGAAUUUUCUAACAUCAAAUAUUUAAACAUCAUUCGCAUCGACACAAAAGUCCCAAUGGAGAUAGAGAUCCUGUGACACAGGUGUGUGUGUUUCAGUUCUUUGGAUGGAGUCCUCGCGGAGCACAGGGGGUCACUCCCGCGAGUACAAAUUGGUGAUGUUAGGAGAGGGGGGUGUGGGCAAAAGUGCCAUCAUCAUGCAGUUUAUAAGUCACAGAUUUCCAGAGGAUCAUGACCCCACUAUCGAGGAUGCCUAUAAAACACAGAUCCGCAUUGACGAUGAGCCAGCGAACCUGGACAUCUUGGACACAGCAGGACAGGCGGAGUUCACAGCCAUGCGUGAUCAGUACAUGCGAGCGGGUGAAGGCUUCAUCAUCUCAUACUCCAUCACGGACCGCCGCAGUUUCCAGGAGGCUCGCCACUUCAAGCAGCUGAUCUACCGCGUGCGGCGCACCGUCGACACCCCCGUCGUGCUGGUGGGGAACAAGUCUGACCUGGUCCAUCUCAGACAGGUGUCUGUAGAGGAGGGCAAACAGCUGGCGAGGGAGUUCCAGUGCCCCUUCUUCGAGACCUCGGCGGCGUUCCGCUAUUACAUCGACGAGGUGUUCGCUGCACUGGUGCGUCAGAUCCGCCAGCGCGAGGCCGAGGUGCUGCGAGGCAGCGAGAGGAAGACCAGACGCAGCCAUUCCUUCUGGAGACGCCUCAAAGCCCCCUUCCAGAAGAAACAGCAGUCCGAGCACUGAGAGAGGGGCAUGAUGGGACACCACGCAGCUCUGUUAGGCCCAUCUCCCUCAGAUGGUGUGAGAACUGCAUUUAUUGUUUCUGUCUGAUCAUCUCCCAGUCAUUUGAGUUCGACUAAGCCCUCACUGUGCAGGACACGCUCGCUGUCGUCAUUUGGGACGUGGGCUGAUUUUCUGAUGUUAGGGAUUAGGAAAGAACUAUUAAACUUGACAGUAGUUCUUGUUUCAUUUUUGGACCGCGUUGUACUCUGUGAAUGUCGUGUUUUAAAGGAGGGGAAUGUAAGAAGGAUUGGCUACAUGUGUUUUUUGUGAAAAGGUCACGUCAGACUCUGGUUUAGAGAUUUGUUGUUGAAAAAAAAAAAUGAAGGUUGAAUGAGUUUAAGAGAGCAGACAGCAUGAGAAGGAAAAGAAAGAAACGGGUCACAGGGUGGGGAAGAGGGCAAGGGUUUACGGUAGAAAUAUCGAUCUGCUGGUAUAAUGAGUACUGUAAACCAAUUUGUUAGACGGGUUUCAAAAACCCUUGAUGUAGAUGUUUUAGCCUCUUCUCAAAAACUGAGUGAAUAACAUGUCCAGGUGAUAUUUCACCCCUCUUUUCAUUAAAAAUAAAUAAUAAGAAAAUGUUUUCAUUAUAACUGGAAGCACAUUUCACCCUCAGAUUCUCUUAAACAUAAUGGAAUGUUUUACUUUUGAGUUUUCGUCAUUCACACAUUUUCAUUAGAUUAUCGUAACUGUAAUACAGUAAUAUUUUUACUAUUUAACUAACAUAUAUUUUUCAUUAAACAGUAAUGGGAUUUUUUUUUAUGGUAAUGCAGAUUUAACAGUGGGGUUGCUCUAUUGUCAUGAAAAUGAUGCAAAAAGAAAAUGCUCCUAAAAAUGUGCUGUUCUUAAAUCAAAAUAGGAUUUAUUAUAUUUUGACCUGAAAUAUGACUUGGGAAAGUGACAUUAGGUGAACUAGGAUGUGUUUAAAGUACACUGAGCUGUAUGAACUAGUUAAAAUACACUGUAUGAAUGAUUUUUAUUUUUUUAAAUCUUGCUGAGAAAUAUUCAGAUCCACCUUUAAGCACAUUAACAGACUGACCAACUUGAUUAUGAUGAGAAAGAAAAAUAGUUUCCUUUUUUUAAACAGGGUGAUUUCUGUUCUAGUGCUUUCUGAAGUCAGUGUGUAGGAAGUGAAGACCUUAAUCUGUCUAAUGAUGUGGAUUUCCUCUCUUACACAUGCUGUGCACUCGCUAUGAAUCAACUUUGAAUAGUAUGUCUGUUCAGUUUGGCCUUCCAUGCAACAUCAUGGCAUAGUUUUUCUUGUGAUUAUUAGAUUUUUUUUAUUUUUAAGCAGAAUGGGUUUACUAUAUUUUCCUUUAUUUAUUUUCAUCACAGAUUCUCAAAUAAAACCCACUUUACCGAUCUAUAA